AUGCACUGUUCAAUGGACAUGUCAAGGCCUCCAAAGCGGAUUCGUCAAGCGUGCGAGCAAUGCCGGCGAAAGAAAUCGCGGUGUCCCGGCGAACGGCCGAAUUGCUCGUCCUGCCUAAGGCUGGGUCAGAUUUGCGAAUAUUCUGGCGAUGAGGAGGCGGAUUAUGCUAGGAAGAUGGAGCAACGAAUCGAGGGCAUCGAAGGCAAGAUCGAUGCGUUAAUGGCCUGUUUAAGUAACCAGAACCAGCCAUUUCCCUCGCCGAUGACCACGUUCCAGCCGAGGCAACCAAGUUCUGAGCCGCCUUCAGGGAUAUCUGCUACUCCGUCUGCGUCGUUCUUCGCCAAUGAAAACCGGGACCAGGAGCUCAUUUUGGCCAUGAAAGCCCUGGGGCUGCGUUUCAGGGGCAACGGCAUAGCGGACCCGGGAAUAGACCGGCAAAUCAGAGACUGGACUGAACAGUCAAGACAGGUGGUGAUGGCCCGCGUGGCAGAAGGGUCUACGGAGCUCUCGACGCUACAGACUUUAUGCAUCCUGACUCUGAUCGACCACACUGCGGGACACACGUUGAGGGCGGGAGCAAAUAUCCGGCUAGCCGUCUAUAUACUCCAAAACCUGCGAUUUGGAAGUACCGAAUUCACCAAUCUGGAGGAUGAGCAGGAUGAGCGCGUGCUUUUACGCUGGAGUUUUCACAUGCUAGCAAGCCUCAUCGGCGAGCCAACUCCGGGACCUAGCUUGAGGACUGCCUACAACGGGAAUAGUGCUUCAACUGCAAACGAUAUUGGGAUUGUGGGAUGUGCCAUCCAACUUAGCGAAGUGUGGGGAUUGGCCCAGAACUACGCAGUCACUGCCAUCACGUCCGAUGCUCCUCCUCCUUGGGCACCUCAUUCUGACUACUCGCGGAUCACGUUCCGACAUACAGAGUUCGAGAGCGUCACGCCGUUAAGAUAUCGACUUCACGAGACCCGAUUGGAUGAGCUGACUGGGGCAGACCUGCAUCGGCAAAGGGACUUCUGGGCUCACUGUCUGUUUUUCCAGCUGGUUUUCCACGCGAUACCUUGCCUUCUCAAUCAUCCCCUUUUGCUCUCGGCCCGGCUGCGGAAUUUCCGUCUUACCAUGCCGCAGUCCUUCUUACAGCACUCUUAUGAACAGAUCACUCUGCACGCCGGCUGGGUCUUACAUUUUAUCGAGUUGCUAGAAAGCAAGAACUACGAAGUCUCCGAUCCUACAAUCGGACAAGCAGUUGUCAUUGUGGCUACAAUCUACCUUCAACAUAGUUUUGUCGAGGACAUCUUUUUUCGCGAGAAAGCCCAAUCUGGAUACGACAAAUGCCUCGUCUUCCUUAAAAGGAUGGCUCUUCGAUGGCCAAAUAUCAAAAGACAGGUCGACAACCUGGGCAAAUUGCGAAAUAGUAUCUCCGCCGGGGAGGUGCAGAAUUCGCGCCAGACGUGGUCAGUGAAUGUCCACUUGCUUCGAGAUAUCCUGGUCGCCGCGCCGCCGAAACAAACUGCGGCAAGCAUUAUGGGGCCUGGCCUAGCCACGGAUUGUGCACUUCAGACAGACUCAACCACUCCAGAUCCUGAUUUUGGGCUAAUAGGGUCUGCGGGAAUCUCAGGUCACAAAACAGUUGCAAGGAACCUAGUCACGUACUAUCCACCUGAGCAGGUGCUACAACCGACGCCCCCAGACUUGUCCGCGUUACUCGGAGAGCCCGGGCUGGCUGUGACAGGCUCAGCUACAGCAUUCCUACAGCCGCAGGACUACGCACGGUUCAUUGAUAAUUGGUUGAAUCUUCCUCCUGCAUAG